AUGACAGAAAAUGACCCCUCAAAUUUUUUAAAACAAAGAAUAAGCAAUCUGAAAAAUAUACUGACUAAGGAAAAUGAAAUGCCUAAAAUCGAUCAAAUCUUUAAAUAUGAACUAAAAACCAACUUCACAGAAACAAACGAUUUAUUACAUUAUAUGAAUGGAAUAAUUUAUAAAAAUUUGGACACCUUUCAAAAGUUAAAGCUGCUGUAUUCAUAUGAUGAUAAAAACUGUUACAAUAAUUCAGGCAUUAAUCAAAAUACUUUUUUAUUUUUAUUAAAACAAAAAAGUAAAUUUAGAGAAAAGUAUAUAAAUGAAAAUUACAUGGAAUAUUUAAGAACAAACCCAUUAAUUUUUGUUGACACACUUAAUCAAUUGCUAAUAAUACCAGGAAUAAAUUUUGAAUUUAAGGUUUAUAACUUUGAUGAAAAGGUCAAUAAAUUUUUUGUUAAAAAAUCAGACAUUAAAAUUAAUAGUUUAUAUAAUCCAUGCUUCAUUAAAAUAAAAGAGUCUAAUUUUAAAAAUAUUGUUAAAAUAAAUCGGAAAGUAGAAAAAAAUUAUAAAAAAAAUGAACACCAAAUUGAACAUUAUUUUGCUAAAAGAAAUUCGGUACCUUCAAUCACACAAAAAUCAAAAACUGAAUGUGAUUCAAAAGAAGAUAAUGUCAUUUCUAAAGACGAUUUGACAAUAGCAAUUAAUUCAUCAUGUAAAAAUUAUGAUGCUGAGUUAAGCAGUAAUAACGAAACAAAAAUAUAUAAUGGAAUUUGUGAUAAAGGUGAAUUAAAUGAUAAUCUUAAUACCAUCAAACACGAUAUCAAUAAUAUCACAAAAAAACAUAGUAAUGAAAGUAUUAAUACUAUCGAUAAUAAGGGAAUAAAAUAUGAAUGCAGAAAAGAAAAAAGGGCACGAAGAAGUUUUAGUAUUUCCACUAAUCCAGAAAGCAACAAAAAAACUAGUACUAAAAAAAAUAAAGGCAGCUACAAUAGCAGUGUAAAAAGAAAAUACGAUAAAGUUUCGAGUUGUAAAAAAUUAAAAAAAGGCGAAGAGGAGGAAAUUGAUGAAUUUGAGGAAGAAGGUGAUGAAGAAGAUAAUAGCUUAAAUAAUGAUGGGGUACCCCAAAAAAGUAUACACACAUUUUAUGAUUUAAUAAACGAAUAUGAAAUAUAUAUAAACAAUGCUAAAUGCUAUAUUAUUUUUGAUUUAAAAGGUUAUUAUAAAAAUUUAGAUAUUAUGAAAAAAUUAAAAAAAAAUUUGGAAGAUUUAAAAAGGCCAACUAAUGAUUUCAAAAAAAUUAUAGACAAAAAAACUUUUAAGUCAUAUAGGGAUAAAAUCGAAUUUGUAAAGCGAUUUAAAAAAUUUAUUAUUCCAAACUUUCGAUUAGAAAAGAUAAGAAAGCAAAGAAACCAUCUAAUUAUUGUUGAAUUAAUGUCUAAGAUACAAAAUCGAUUAAUAAUAAAAAGAUUAAACCAAGAAUUAACUAAUAAAGUAAAUCUUGAAAAUUUAAUAAAUGAUGUGCUCAAAAUGUUUUCCAACUUUGUGGAAAAUAUGAAAGACGAAAACGUUAAAAAAUUUUAUAUGAAUAUGAUUAAUAUUUACUUUCGUAAUAAAAAUUUAUCUUCUAUUGAUUUUAAAAAUUUAAUACAAUUAUUUAAAAAAAAAGAGGAACAUGAAAAAAACCAAGAAUUUUACGAUUUGUUUCAAAACGAUUUGAAUUAUUUAGAUAAAAAUAAAACUCAAUGUGAUGAAAUAGAAGAGAAAAUUAGUUCCUUAAAAUAUCUAAUUUUAGAAUCAAUAUUAAAAGAAAAACAAUUAGAAAGAUCAGUUAACAGAUUACUGUUAAACCAUGAACAAUCAAAAUAUGGAUAUUUCUAUAAAAUAGAACAAAGUGAUGAAAAUACAUUAGAUACCACUGAAUAUGGAAAAUUGUUAGAAAACUUUUCUAAAGAACCCAUAAACUUUUAUACAAUUUUAAGUAAACGAAAUUUAGACAAACAUGCGUAUCAUGAUAUUAGAAAUUUUAAUUAUAAAAAAAAAAAUAUCGAUAUUUCAAAACAUGAUGCAACUAAUUCAAGUAAUAAUCCUGAAAAUAAUGACAACAAUUCAUCAUGCAAUAUAAAGGACUCGGUAUUAAUUACAAACGACAAAAAAACAAAUAAUAAUGAUUGCCAAAUAAUUGAUAAUAAUAUGUUCAAUUGUCCAAAAAAAAUAGCACAAAAUCAACCUCAAAAUGAGAAUAAUUACAACACAGAUGAAUAUUAUAAAUGCAAAAUUAAGAAAAUACAAACCGAUACACCAAAUGAAAAAAAUAACGAAAAUAAUUCUGUACUGGAAUAUGAUUUUGAUAAAAAACUAAAUUGCCUACAAAUAGAUGAAAAUAAAAAUAUUGACAAAUCAGUUACAACCAAUGAUAGCGAUGUUGUAAACCAACAAUGUAGUCGCCAAAAUACGAGACAAAUAAAUUUUUGUAUUGACACAAACAAAAAUAUAAAAGAAUCUCACUUAAAAAAAUCAAAUAGCUAUGAAGAAAAAAGGCAAAUAAAUCCCAAAGCUAAACAUAAAUUCGAACGAGAAGAUCCCAUCAUUGAAUGUGGAUACGAACCAGAAACAGAUAUAAUUAGAUCAAUAUGUGAAAAAAAAAAAUUUACGUUUGCUAAUGAAAAACAAGAAAAAAUAAAUAAUGAAAUAUUUUAUAAAGUAUUUGAGCAAUAUCCAUAUAGUUUUUUUUCUAAAUCAGUCAAAAAUUAUAAUGCUAUUUUAAAUGAAAAUGAAGAAGAAUCUGAACUGUCAUGGCUAACAAUGUUAAAAAAGAAAAGUCAUAACAGAUCUAUUUUACCACCAAGUAGAGAUACAUUUAGAGACGGAACGCAUUUUUCUAAUUGCCGGGCAACUGAACACACAUUAAAAUUUUUCUUGUCGCUUUUAUCAUUGCUAAAAAAAGGGGACAUCGACAUUAAUUUAAAAAAGUACUUGAAAAAAAAUAUCCAAUUUUUAAAUACCGAACUAUUCAGUAUGAAACUUAAUUUAGAUAAAAAAAGAGCUAUACUUGAAAAACGAUUAGAUCAUUUUAAUUUUCAAGAGAAUUCGGAAUUUUCAUUUUAUAACCCAUUAAAAAUGAAUAUAAGAAUGAUGAACUUAAUAGGACGAGGAGGGUUUGCUGAAGUAUGGGAAGUUUUUGAUUCCAUAAAUUUAGAAAUGUAUGCAGCAAAAAUUCAUAAGAUUGAACCAAGUAUGACAAAUGAAAUCAAAAAUAAAAUAAUUCAAAGAGCAGAAAAUGAAAUAAAUAUACAUAUACACUGUCAUAGACAUAUUUUCAUUGUAAAAUUAGAAUUUUUCUUUGUUUUUGGAUCUGCAACUAAUUUAUUAGUUGGUAUGGAGUUAUGUGAUGUCGAUUUAGAUAAAUAUAUUAAAUAUCAUGGUCCAAUUAAUGAACUAUUAGCAUUAUCUUGGAUUAAACAAAUAUUACUUGGAUUAUUAUAUAUGAAAAAUUUACCUACAGGCAAGGUUCAUCAUUGCGAUUUAAAGCCAGCUAAUCUUCUUAUAAAGGAUGGAAUCAUAAAAAUAUCUGACUUUGGAUUAGCCAAAUUAAUUUUACCCGAUACUUAUCAAUAUUAUAAUGGUGGUGGAACUUUAUAUUAUCAACCCCCUGAAUGCUUAAAACCCAAAAGAAAUUUACUUAUAACAGAUAAAAUUGACAUAUGGUCAUUGGGAUGCAUUCUUUAUGAAAUGAUUUUUUGUGAAAGACCUUUUCAGUUUAAUUAUCUUGAAAAAUGUUCAAAGGAAUUAUUAGUUAAUAAAAUGAAACGAGGUUUAUCAUAUCCAAAAAUUAAUCAACAUAUAUCAAAAAUAACUUUAAACUACAUAGAAUACUUACUAAAUUUUGAUCAUGAGUGCCGACCAUCGAUAGAAGAAGCCCUAAGCUACCCGAUUUUUAAUUAUUUUAACGUACCUUAA